AUGGCAGCAAAAAUGCCCACCCCACUCCACUCCCACUCCCACGCCCUCCACACCCUCGCCCAAAAUAUCGUCCUCGAAAUCGCCACCGUCUGCAACCAACCCCCAACCGAAAUCGCCCUCACCACACCGCUCAGCGAGUUCGGCCUGCACUCGAUGACGGUCACGCGCCUGCAUUCCAAGCUGAAGCACAAGUUUGGGUUCCGGGCGCCAAGGACCGCGCUUUUCGGGGACGGGGUUACGCCAGUCUGGAUUGCUGGAAUGAUUUUGGGUGAUAGAGAUGAGGAUGCGCACGCGGCGGCGGCGAUGAACGACCUGCAGAUAAACGACACGUACCGUCCCAAAUCGGUGCAAUGUCAAUGA